AGACGUUGGCACGCCUUCUGCUGGUUGUUGCCGCGUCGACGGUAUUGUUCAACAUCAUCUGCCUACUACCUCACAUACCGGGGRACUCUCUCCAAGCAAACCCCUACUUUUUCAGCGAAAACGGCUUUAUGCAUACGACUUCAAAAUCAAGCGGCAAAACGAACACUACCGUCGCCAACCACCAUAGUUCUCGAACCGGAAGCGACGACAGGAGCGGAAAAUCUAUUAGCGAUUGGUUCCGAGACGAGGCCGGCGUUGUUCUUACGCCCGAAAUGAAGGAAAAGCUUCCGACGUGGUCGCAGGUUCGGGAGGUGGUAGGAGAGGGUCCGGUCAUUCUUGGACUCGAAUCAUGCCCUGCGUAUCGAGAAAAGGUCCCCGCCCUGGAGAGAAUGCUAGGAUCCUCGGGCAUGUUUAAUACAGGAACCAAUCUUGUCACCCACUUGCUCAAGAGAAAUUGUGAAAUUCCCGAACGGCGAGAAAAAAUGGGACCAAACGAAUCGAAAGAAUCCUACGGAAUGAGAUGGGUACGUAAGGGAAGCCAAAAUACUGAAACAAACAGAACAUGACACGGAAAGUUCCAGGAAGGCGGAAUGAUUGUUAUGUACGCUUGUUGAAGUAAAGUGGGUGAAUAAUUUCCUUUUCAUGGUUGCAAUGUUGCCGAUCAAUGCGUGCGUCACCCAUGGUUGAUUGUUCUUUCGUGUCUUACACAAAGUUUUUCUUUUUUGCCAUAACUACAGCAAGUGCCCUGGGGCAAACAUACACCAGUAAAAUUCAGGARCAAACAUUCUACCCAAAAGGCGAAGGAAAUCAAGAAGGAAUUCAUUUUGCCAGUCGUCACUACUCGUCAUCCUUAUUCAUGGUUUGGGAGCAUGUGCAAGAACGGAUACACCGCCAGRUGGGAUCAUCAGAUAACUAGAAAAAAGGGCGAUGGUAAGAAUGAGAGGUGCCCACGAUUGAGACAAGGGUCGAGGCCGGCUGCUCCAUGGAAUCCAGUSAAAGUCACUUAUGCCGAGAAACGCGAGGACAAUCACUUAUCCUUGGCACAUCUGUGGAACGACUGGUACUCGUAUUACACAAGUGUCGAGGGAAACUUUCCAUUUCUUAUCAUACGGAUGGAAGACAUGGUAUUUUACCCAGAGGAAUUGAUCACGCAGGUCUGUGAAUGCGCCGGUGGAAAAAUCAGAACAGAUCAAAAGUUUCAGUUGAUCACCGACAGUGCCAAGGGAGAUAGUCGUGGRCACGAUACGUCGACCGGAAUAUAYGAAGCAUGGAUCAAAUACUCCAAACCCAACACAAAGGAACGGUAUGGGUUUUCAGAGGCCGAUUACAACGAUGCACGCACUGCUCUGAACGAGACGUUUAUGAAGGCUUUAGGCUAUCAGCACCCAUCUUGAUGAUUAAAUGUAUCAUUGAAAC